ACCCAAACACGCUUGGGCCCCAUCACUGUCGACCAGGGCGGGCUCGACACCUCUGAUCCAAGAUCCAUCGCGCACUCCCUCUCAUGCGUCAGUCUUCCACACCCCAACCGAGAUUUCGCCUUUGCAUGUUUUCGGCACUGCAGACUCCUUCAUGGCAGAGGACGCGCGGGGGGUUCCCCCCCGAGUACCAUCGACGACUCGGCAGUAACUCACACCCAAAGCGCAACCAACCCACAGGAAACCACAGAACCCGGGAGGGAUGGCCAUGAAGAGACCCUCUCCACGGCGCAUCCAGGCCCUGACGACCCCAGUCUCCUCCCUCCCUUAACUGACCGCGACGACAGCAGUCUCUUACCCUCGUCGAGCGACCAUGGUGAAGAGCGCGGCAACAACCAAACAUUGAUCGAGGAAAACGAAAUGCGCCAUAAACUAAUGGACAUGGAGUCGAGCUUCUUGCCGGAACCCUCGACUAUCGACAUGGCUGCGACCGGUCCGACUGCGGGUGCCGAUGAUACCUACUUAGUCGGAGUCGCGGGCAACAACGACCCCGAGCAGAAUGAAUUCUCUGAGCUGUCUUUCGCUGAACCCUCGGUGGCCUACCAAAGCUCCACGCAGGACCGCGAAGGUCAUGUGGAGAUAGAUUCUACACACGGAGGUCAAGAAGAUCAACAGGGGAAUAACACAAUGCUUGAUUCUCUCAUCUCCUCGCCGGCCGCGGCCGCGGCGAGUCGAAGCAUACACCGCAACCACUCUACACUCUCCGAAAAUGCCCCUGACACCAGCCAGUUGUCUCAAGACGACCGACCAUUUAGAUCUCAAUUGCCCUCAUCCGAAAACGAAUCGCAGCUUACUCCGUCCAAGCUUCGAAAAACCUCACGUAGCUUGUCCCCGAAUCCGUCCCGGCUGUUCAGUGAUCGCAGUGGAAGUGUGGGGGCCAGCCGCAGAGGAAGCCGACCCAAAUACCUGAUGAGUCGUCAAUCCGCCAACCGUCUAUCCCACUCAUCGGUGACUAGUAACAACACGGAUGCCACCAACAGCGACGCCACUUUGGGCGCAGACUAUGCUCUUCAAUCUGGGGGUGCAGCGUCUGACCACUGGGGCAGUCUGCACGCCGCAACGCGGAACAAUAUGACAAGGACGACAAGCCUCGGGAGUAUGGCGUCAGGGGUCUCGGGAUACAGUGAAGAAAAUUCCUUAGAGAAACGGAAUGCGAGUGGACUUGCCGAUGGUGGCCUGCAAACCUUGGAGGAAGAAGGCUCACCACAGUCACGGGCUGGGUCUACACAACAACCGAUGGGAUUUGAUGACACCUCGGCACCGGUGACGCCCAAAGCGAAACCCCGGGAUAGCCAUUUCCCCAGCGACACGGCAAUUGCAGAGCGUGUCAAGGGUAUUCAAGUGCCUACCACCUUUGUGCAACGGUUCCGGGAAGAUUAUGGGAAUGUGGGAGCUUCGCCCGACAAGCGAGCCCGGGCCUCGACCUCUGCCUUCGGGAGAAGUGGCCGUACGAUGACCCUCAAAGAACAAAGCAGCACCAUCGAUCGUCUCUCCAAGGAGAACUUUGAUCUCAAGAUGCGAAUUCAUUUCUUGAACGAAGCGCUAAACAAACGUUCCGAGGAAGGAAUCAAGGAAAUGAUUUCGGAAAAUGUGGAGCUCAAGUCCGAUAAGCUCAAGCUACAAAAGGAUAAUCAAGGCCUAAAGCGCAAGAUACGAGACCUGGAAAAGCAGAUCAAGGACCAGCAAUCAGACAAGGAUUCCAUGGUCAACCAUGACCCCGAAGGAUCGGAUGACGGGGACCGAGACACGGCCCAGGAUGGCGAGCUUGUCUUCCUGCGGGAGCGAGUCGAAACCUACGAAUUUGAAAUCGAGCGCUUGAGGUCAGAGGGUAUCGCGAGGGAGAGCGAAAAGCGACGCUUAGCUGAAAUGGUCAAGUCCCUGAGCGAUACCCGAGCAGGAGGAUCUGAUACAGGCGCGAGAGAGGAAAGAGACAUGUGGAAGGAUAUGCUCGAUGCAGAGACAGCGGCACGCGAGCAAGCCGAGGACGAAAACCGAAGAUUGCGGGACGACACCAUCCGCCUCCGGAGCGAAAUGUACUCCACCACCGGUGGUGCCAAGUCGGCACAGCAAGAUCGGGGUGGUUCGACUGUUUCAUAUGCGUCCAUCUCGGACAGAGAUGCCAACCGGGGUGCCACUAUGAGCACAUCCAGCAGCACACUCCUGGUGGAGCUAGAGCUCUUGAAGCAGGAGAAUGCAGAGUUGAGAAAGGAAGUCAGCGCUCAGACCUCCAUGCUCACGUCUCGCAACCGAGAAAAAGAGCGUCUUUACCAGGAAAUUGAGGAAUUAAAGCUCGGCCAGCGCCAUGAUGGUGGCCGAUCGGUGGCGGGAGACAGCAUAUUCGACCGUUCAGCAUCGCGUGCUCUUGUCCGGCCCUCAUCUCAGGCCAGCGACGGAACUAAGGCAUCCCGCAGCGACCUAGACCGUGACGACUUGGAAGCCCGAAACGGAAAGCUUCGAGACCAGCUGUCAAGUCUCAAGCUGGAGAACCAGGCCAUCCGUGCUCAGCUUGAGGACUAUCUCAGCGAAAUAGAGGCCCUCGACAAGGCAUAUCAGGCUGACGUGGAUCAGGCCGAGGAGGAGAUGCAAAACCUGCAACAGGAGCGAGACCAGGCUUUGCAGAUGGCGGAUGAGCGUGAUGCUGCUUUCCAAGAUCUGCGCGCUGAGGCACAAGAAGAGCUGGACACACUCGGCGAAGAACUUGACCAAAAAAUCGUUGAGUGCCAGCGCAUGAGCGAGGAUCUACGAGAGCAGGAUGAGAGUCUCAAGGUCCUCCAGGGAGAGAUGCGUUCGGCUAGUGAGGGAAUAAUUCGACUCGAGGAGGAUGCGCAAAACAACCUGGAACGUUACAGGAUUGUACAGCAAGAGCUUGAGGAAACCAACCGUGAAAUGGAGUCGCUAGAGAAGAGUCUCUUCGAGGCCAAUACCAAGGUGCAGCGACUGACGGUGCAGAUCGAAUCGAGCCAGAAUGAAAUUGCUUUCCUUCGAGAAGAGCAAGAUGGCGACAAGAUUCGUAUUGGCGACCUGGAGUCAGAGCUUAAGACUUACCAGAUGAGCUUGCGCAGUGAGAAAGAGAAGAGCCGAGAGCUCGAGCAACGGUUAGCAGAUGAGCGACACCAGCGGGAGGUCGUUGGAAGCAAGGAGAAACAAGAGGUCCAGCGCAUCAUGAAUGAACUGAACCGCGAAGCCUCCGCCGCCAAAGAGGAGGCUCGGCGAUUGAGGAAAAGCCUGUCGACCCAGGAGAUCGAAACGUCCACCUGGCGCGAACGCCUCAUGGAACUGGAGAACAACCUUCGUGAGACGCUGGGCGACCUCAGCGGCAGCCGGUCCAGCAUGAUCACCAACAUUAUGAAGCUGCAAAAGGAGCUCGAGUCGACCGCGCUUGAACUGGAGAGUAUCCGCUCCCAGUUGGAUGAGAAGGAAUCGGUGCUUCGAAACCGUGACGCUCUUCUGGAGAGCCAUGGGCUCGAAACCCGCAAGCUCUCGGAGCUCCUGGAGCGCGAGCGGCAAGCUCGUCGCGCAGACAAGCAAUCUUUUGAGCAGUCGCUCAAGUCCCACCAGCAGGCAUCUCGGUCCAUCACUCAGAGUAAUUCCCGCAUCACAGACUUGGAGAAUGCGCGUAACCAAGAUCGCAAGCGGUUUACGUCCCUCGAGCAGCAAUUCCGGGACCAGCUUAGCGAACGCAAUAGCAUGUACCUCGUCAUUUGGAAGAGACUGUCAGCAAUUUGUGGUCCGGACUGGGCGCAUUCCAACAGUCUGAUCAAUGGCAAUCUUCCGAGCCAGGAAGUUAUUGGCAAUAUCCUCUUCUGGCCGGGAUUCAGCCGCAACCUUCUCCUUGCCAUCAAGACCGUUGAGAGCGUGAUUACCGGGUUCAAGGGCCGCAUCAAGAGUCUCGAUCAUGACCUGACCAAACAAUACCAGAAUGUUGAGCACUCAUACAGCUUGCGGGCGCGGAAACUCGAACGCCUGGAGGAAGCUGUCAAGAAUAUGCGGUCUAGUCGAGGCCACCCCAGCUCGUCCCCCGAGGUAUCCAAACUACGGGGCGAGAACCGGCUUCUCAAAGCUGAAAUUAAUCUGCUGCAAUCCAAUUCUCGCGCCCACAGCUCCACCUCCGCGGCAGCAGCAGCGGUCAUGUCGGGAUCACGGUCCCCCUCUCUUGGUUCGGCGGCGGAAACAGACCGAUCCUUGGCGCGUCAAAGCUCUACGGCUGGCACUGACGGUUCUCGGCCCGAGAGAGGUCUCACCCGUAGUGCGACGGGUCUCCCACAGCCGUCUCAUGCCUCCUCGGCCAGCACUCUGACCAACAACGCCGGGGCGAUGAUGCACCGUAGCCGCAGCGGACACGGUAGUUGGGAAGGCGGCGACGACAAAUGGAUCCACCGGCUGCACGAGCUGGAGAAACGUCUCAAGGCGGAGCGCGAGGGUCGUCUGCUUGAUCGCAACGGCGCGCGAAAGCGGCUCGAGGAACGCGAUAGCGAGAACCAAAAGCUGCGAGACCAACUGGUUCGAGAGCGCACGCGGCGUGGGCCAUCGGGGACAGUGACAAAUGACGGACGCCGUGGUCCUGUGUCCGACGAAGCGCCUAGCUCAAGUGAAGGGGAGGGCAUCACGGUGGAUAUCGAGGUUUGA